CCCUUAAAUUACUUUUAUUGGCUUUUCUAUUUGACUAAUAAUUAGCACCGACAAUCACAACAAUGAAUUUCGGCGGAAACAGUAACAGCAACAGCAACAGCGACUCGUUUGCCACUCCCUCGUUUACAGACAAGCUGCGCAUGGGCGUGGCCCAGCUGCAAGACGGAUUCAAGGACGUCACCAAUCAGUUCACGCUGACAAAGGAGUGCGAGCGCACCGCUCGUAUUCUGACAGAGUUUGUCGUGCCGCCCAGAAUUGGCGACCUCGAUGACUUUAUCCCGGCCGAUGUCCUGCAGCACUGCCGUGGCAUCGCCGUGCUUUCGAUCAUCAAGGCCGGAGUCAUCUGGAGCGGCCGCAUCGGCUCGGGAAUCGUGUGUGCUCGCCUGCCCAACGGGACCUGGUCUGGACCUUCGGCCAUCGCCACCGGCGGCAUGGGAGUUGGCGGCCAGAUUGGCGCGCAACUGACUGAAGUCGUGAUGAUCCUCAACACCGACGAGGCCGUGCGCGCGUUCGAGCAGAGCGCUAGUCUGCAGCUCGGCUCCAACGUCUCGGUCACUGCUGGGCCUAUGGGCCGCAGCGGCGAGAUCUCGGCUGCCGUCAAUGCCGGCAACGUGGCCGCCGUGUACUCGUACUCAAAGUCCAAGGGCCUGUUUGCCGGUAUCUCUGUCGAGGGAUCAGUCAUAGCGCAGCGCAACGAUGUCAACCAGGCAUUCUAUGGCCGUCCAGCGCCCCCGGCCCAGGUGCUCUCUGGAGCCAUCCAGCCUCCAGAGGGCCUGUCGGAGUGGGAGGUUCUGCGCAUGGUUCUACAGGAGCGUUGCACACCUCCUGCUCGUCAGGCCCAGCAGCAGCAUAAUGUGUAUGGCGUAAACACUCAGCGCGAGACCCUGUAUGACGAGGACGCUGUGCCUAUUGGCACCACUCAUGGCAUUCCGACGGUCACUCCGCCGCCUGGCUCUGCUGCCGCUGCUGCUGCUCAACAGCCUACUACAGCCUCCUCUCCUCCUCUACCUACUCGACCCUAAGCACAUCCCACCCCACCCGUUCGCUCUUUUAUUUUUUCUGUUUUCUUUGAGUUUUAACAAAACAUUUUAUAUAUUCAAAAGUGCAAAUAAAUUAACAGAAAAUAA